AUGCUGCCGCCGUUUGGUCCGAGGAUGCAGCGGCGUCACUGCGGAAGUCAACCAUGUCGCUUUGCCGCGGGAGCACUGGGCACUGCCCGUGGUGUGAUAUCACUCGUGAUCUCCAACAUACUUGAAUCGAUCCCGCGAUCUAGUAGUAAAUCAUUCUGCGCUGGCGUUGCAGGAUGGAUGAAAAAACAAAUCUCUAACAAAAAAGGAAAAAAAAAGAGAGCGUAA